CUGGGUGUGGCUCGCUCCAGAGGCAGCCAGCUAAGAUCCACUCACUCCACUCUUGGCCCUGGACGGACAGAGACGGGACAGGCAGACCCUCCGCCCACCGGCACGACUGGUCCUUCCCAGGAAGAAGCAGAGGCUCACAAUGCUGACCACUGCUUUAGGCACCUACAUGGGCCUGUUGGUGGCAGCAUCAGUGGCAGGCUGUGACCCUACCCAACUGGACACCCUCAGCCUCCCAUGCAUCCACAGGCGCCAGAAGAGAGACUGGAUUUGGAACCAGAUGCAUGUUGAUGAAGAGAAAACUGAUCCUUUACCCUAUUAUGUGGGCAAGCUCAAGUCGAGUGUGAACCGCAAGAACGCCACGUAUGUGCUCAAAGGAGAGGCCGCUAACAGCAUUUUCCAGGUCAAUGCAGACACAGGGGAUGUGUAUGCUUUUGCGAGGCUCGACCGGGAGAAGGUCUCCGAGUACUCCCUCGUUGCCCUCAUUGUGGACAAAGACACUAACAAAAACCUGGAGCCUCCUUCCAACUUCACUAUCAAAGUUCAUGACAUAAAUGACAACUGGCCUGUGUUCACCCAUCGGUUGUUCAAUGCCUCGGUGCUCGAGAUGUCACCUGGGGGGACCUCAGUCAUGCGUUUAACAGCAGUGGAUGCAGAUGACCCCACUGUGGCAGACCACGCCACUGUUAUGUACCAAAUCCUGAAGGGGGGUGAGAAUUUUGCCAUCGACAAUUCAGGAUUAAUUUCCACUGCAAAGCAAAACUUGGAUCGAGAGGUACAGGCCAGCUAUGAGAUCGUGGUGGAAGCACGAGAUGCCGAGGGCCUCCAAGGAGAAUCAGGCACAGCCACCGUGCUGAUCACUCUGCAAGAUGUCAAUGACAACUUCCCCAUCUUCGCUCAGCCAGCCAUGUACACAUUUGUGGUGCCUGAAGACAUCCGCGUGGGCAGCUCUGUAGGUUCUCUUUUUGUUGAGGACCCAGAUGAGCCUCAGAACCGGAAGACCAAGUUUGACAUCGUGCAGGGCGAGUACAGAGACACCUUCACUAUCGACACGGAUCCUACCCGCAAUGAGGGCAUCAUCAAGCCCAUGAAGCCCCUGGACUAUGAGCUCAUCCAAAAAUACUCAUUCGUCGUCGAGGCCACAGACCCUACUAUCAACCUUGGAUACCUGAGAGGCAUCACGGGCAAAAACAAAGCCCGUGUCGUCAUCAAUAUCUUGGAUGUGGAUGAGCCUCCUGUCUUCCAGAAGCGCUUCUAUCACUUCCUGUUGAACGAGAACCAGAAGAAAAAUCUAAUAGGUUCAGUGCUAGCCAAGGACCCUGACAAGGCUGGGCGUAAUAUUGGAUACUCCAUCCGCAAGACUAGUGACAAGGGCCAAUUCUUCCGAAUAACCAAGCAGGGUGACAUUCACUGUGAGAAAGAACUGGACAGAGAAAUCUACCCCUGGCACAACUUGACUGUGGAGGCCAAUGAGCUAGAUCCUAAUGGGAACCCCACAGGCAAAGAAUCUAUUGUCCAGGUGCACAUUGAAGUUUUGGAUGAGAAUGACAAUGCCCCAGAGUUUGCUCAACCCUAUGAGCCCAAAGUGUGUGAAAAUGCAGCCCAGGGCAAGCUGGUUGUGCAGAUCUCUGCAGUAGACAAGGACAUAACGCCACAAAAUGUCAAGUUCAAGUUUGCCCUGGGGACUGAUGACAGCAACUUCACCCUCAUAGACAAUCACGAUAACACAGCCAACAUCACAGUCAAGUAUGGGCCGUUUGACCGGGAGCAUGCCAAGUUCUACUACCUGCCUGUGCUCAUCUCGGACAACGGGUCCCCAAGCCUGACGGGUACCAGCACGCUGACCGUGGUUGUGUGCAAGUGCAACCAGCAGGGCACGUUCACCUUCUGUGAGGAGGCAGUCGCCCAGGCAGGCGUCAGCAUCCAGGCACUAGUGGCCAUCUUCCUCUGCAUCCUCACCAUCACAGUGAUCACCCUGCUCUUCUUCCUGCGGAGGCGGCUGCGGAAGCAGGCCCGCGCCCACGGCAAGGGCGUGACCGAGAUCCACGAGCAGCUGGUCACCUACGACGAGGAGGGCGGCGGCGAGAUGGACACCACCUGCUACGACGUGUCCGUGCUCAACUCGGCGCGGUCGGGCGCGGCCAAGCCCUUGCGGUCCGUGUUGGACGCGCGGCAGCCCAUCUACGCCAAGGCACAGAAGCCACCGCGGGUGGCGCCAGGGGUGAUGCCCGGAGUGCACGGCGGGCCCGGGGAGAUGGCCGCAAUGAUCGAGGUGAAGAAGGACGAGGCAGACCACGACGGCGGCGGCCCGCCCUAUGAUACCCUGCAUAUCUACGACUACGAGGGUUCUGAGUCCAUCGCCGAGUCGCUCAGCUCCCUAGGCACCGAUUCGACCAACUCUGACAUCGAUUACGACUUUCUCAACGACUGGGGGCCCAGGUUCAAGAUGCUGGCCGAGCUGUACUCCAACCCCUGGGAUGAUCUGGUAUAUUAGGGGUCACAGACCUCUGGGCCUGGGGACUCAAACCCAGGGCAGCCCGGGUCAGUCGGACAGCAGACAUCAAGCCCUCCAGAGUGGCACUGACUCCCCAGCCCAGCACCCCUUCCUCGUGGGUACCAAAGACCUCACCAUGCCCAGGGUAGCAAGCUCCAGACUCCUGAAAUACCCAGGAACAUAUUUCAGUGAUGGCUACUCCGUAAAUGCUGGAAAGGCUGGGCUCCUGUACUGUCGAGGCUGGGACAUCCACGUCACCUUGUUGCCCCUGAGCCACAGAUCUAACUCAAAAACUCUCUUUGGCUCAGCAAAGCUCCCAAGCCAACCAGCCUGGGUCAGCUGCCAGCAGGAUCUUCCCCUGAGGUCACCAAACUCACUGGUGUGAUCUUGGUGACUGCCUGGUGGCAGAGGUCUGGACAGUAGAUCUGUGGGACAGGACUCUGUGGCCCAGUCCCCAAGGAUACUGACUGUCAUCGCGCCCUGUCUGGAGCUCCAGCUCUGUCUGCUGUGACCCCUCACAUUCUCCCAGGGCCCCACCACUCCCCAGCCCCUCCCGGGCCUCUCAAGAGGGACGAAGGGACCACAUGGCAGCUGCUGACCCUGGGUCCUACAGUGACCUUGCUGGCCUGCCGCUCCAGUAACUGUGCUCUACUGAGCGAGGGUUGACUCAUUCCGCCAAAUUCAGGGAAAUGGCUUGUUGAACUUAAAGCAACUGUGAAUUCAUCCUGUAGGGGACAGUGGUGACCAAGAGUAACAGAUCAUAGGGUGAAGGCCACCUCCACACCCACCGCCUCUGGAGAGGGCACGGAGCAGCUGAGACCCUGAUCUGACACUCAUCAGCACUCACCUAGGCUUGCCUGUGAAGGGGCAGAUGAUUUUGGAGCAGAAGACACCUCCAUUACCUGGUCACUCCUGCUUUUUCUUUCUUCUCUUUCUCUACUUAAUGCUUGACUUCAAAGGAACCAUGAUGUGGCCCUCAGCAAGUCCAGCAAUGCCCACACCCAAACACGGACUGCAGACUGUGUGACAGGCCUUGCCUUUUCCGUUUUUUGCCUUGUUGCCAGGUCUCAGGGAACCAGCCCUCAGGCACACUGCAGAAGGCGAGGCCCUGCCCUGCCCCAGCCCUCCAGCCCCUGGUCUCUGUGUAGCUUGCAGAGAGCCGCAUGCAGAACUUCCCACUACAAAUGCACCUUGAGGAGGCAGCAUUCAGACAGAGAGCAGGGAGGAGACACACACUCCAGCUUACCCCUCAUCACAAACCACUCUGCCCAGUCUCACAAACCACAUGAUCUCUCAUACUGCAGGGGCCUGGAGAGAACACUGACAUUAUUUUUGACUAAUCAUUAGUUUUUUAUAACAACUUUUUUUUUUUUUACUAAUAAUACUGACAAAUUUCUAGCUCCCACAAACAUAUAGAAUAAGAGUUUGGCAUAAUAAGCAGACUGUUAUUUAGAUUAACAAUUUUAAUGCAGGUUUUGUCAUUGGACAAACAAUUCCUAUAACCUUCUAUUUCCUAUCAUUGUAGUGAUUCCUCUACAGAUAGCGAUUAUAUUUUGGCCACACUGGUGCAUGAGGUGUACUGUAUUUUUUUAUGCCUAAAUAAAGAAAAUUCUUGAAAUUUUUCCAUCUCUAGAGCUGAGAGCAUGCAUGGGAAACACACACAUGCAUAUACAAGUAUAUAUCAGCACUAUCAUCAGAGAGCAGGGAGACACUGGAGUCACUAGAAAAUGAUUUGUAACAGAAAGACCCAGUCCCACACCCAGCCCCAGUGCAUGCUCAACCCUCCAGCUUCCUCCUCCUGUCUAUACAGCAGGCAUGGCCUCUGGCACUUGGGACUGCAACACCAUUUGCAAGUGGCAAAUGAAGAACCAGCGUCUUUCCUGGGCAUGCAUACUGCCUUGCCCAUGUGUGUGGACUUCGAAAUUCCUAGGAAUAUGCUAGAGCUUUUAAAAAUCCCUUAUGGAUGAACACUCCUCAACUUUUCCUUUUAAAAUUUGGGGUCAGCUUCUUGUUUGUCCCAGCUGCUCUCACCAGCUGAGACAGGGUCGUUUUAAACAGUCACUGCUGAUUGUUUUUAACAAAUGCCCCCAAGGAAAGGCUGCUUGCAUUGAGCUGCAAACCGGGUCAAACAACACAGUCUUGUAAAUGGGGUCUUCCAGGGAACCACCAGACAGGUGAAAUGACAGUUACCCAGAAACCAGGCUUUGGAGUACGCCCACCCUAUUCUGUCCCUUCCAGGGCUGCUGACUUUCACUGUGAUUGGGAACUACUGGGAGUCAAGGCUACCUCUAGAUUUGGGUGUGGAGGUCAGAACUAGGACAUUAAAAUGCCACAAAGCCAACCA